UGUUGUUGCCUCCUUCCCCACAGUGCUGCAAAUCAGCAGCCCUACAGCAGAGGCUCGAGACUGUGGAGGCCAGCCUGGCAGCCAACAAGGACAGGAUCACUACUCUGCUUAACAUUAUCCAUGACCUGGAGAUGUGCCACACUCCCACCAGCAGGUAAGAGGAUCCGGCGAUGCUACAAAACUGGACAGGACCUCAAAAACUGCUCAACUUGCCAGAAGACUGCAUGUAUUGUCUACAGCGUGGAGUAUGACUUCAGACAGCAGGAAAGACGCUUCUUGGAAGUUCUGAAUCUUUCAGCAAGAGGAAAUAAUACUUUCAACAUGCACCUAUCCCCGCCCCUGAACUUCAGCCUGCUCAGAAAUGUCAUCAUUAAGAACUUAACAAAGUCAAAGGUGAGAAGCAAAAAGCUGUGCAAGACCCUGUUCAAAUGGCUGCCCAGGAAAAUCCAGCAAGUGUAGACCUCUCAACAAUACCUGUGCACUGUUUAAUAGCCAUAAACCUGUGUUACAAGUGACCAGCAGAAGCCUUCCUACCCAUAGAAUGAGGUUACUCUGGAUUAGGCUCUUCCUCAGUAGAGUUCCACUUUCCUCUGUCAAAGCUUAUAAACUUGAUUUUGUACUCAAACUUGGCCCUUAUCUUCGUGACCUUCAGGUACUAUCAUCCAUAAGGAUUAUUUCACUUUUGAAAGUUAAUGUUGUUUUGUUGUCAAUGUGCCUGCUUAAAAUGUAUGGCCAACCACAGCCAUAUAUUUCUUUAUCUAAUUUUGCAUACAAGAUUCUGUUAUGCACCUUUAUGAUUAAUGCACUAUGAGUUCCACUUGAUGUUACAUUAUCCCUUCAAUUGCCCCCCCCCCCCCCCUUACCUGCUUCUCCUGAGACUAAAUGUACAUAAAACAAGUUUUUGAAUGGAAUCAUUUUGAAAUGCAAAAAUAAAUCAGAAUUUUCUGACUGUU